UGCUGGUGAAACAGCAGCGGACUGAAUCUUCGAUCUUCUUCUUGUGUACCUGACGCACCAAGCACCACCGCCACCAACCACCGAAGAUGAGGCUCCGGCUCAGCGUUCUGCUCCUGCUCCUUCAGCUUGGCUGUCUGACCUUGGCUUUGGCCAGCGAGAGGCUCUCCUGCGGCGACACCGCUGGCAGCUCCAUCUGCAAGGAUAUCCAUCGCCGCCUGGAUAGCUACGAUGAGCACAUGGUCUACAGACAGGCCAGCAGAGUUCCCGUCGAGUCGGUGGCCCGCGAUGAUCGCGGGAACGAGAGGCGCGAGGAAACGAGGGUCAGGUUGGACUCGUCCGAGCGAAUGAAACCCCGCGAGGCUCGUGAGCAACGAGUAGAGCGACGUGAAAUUCGUGAGGAGCGUACAGAGCCACGUGAAGCGCGUGAGGAACGAGUAGAGCAACGUGAAACGCGUGAAGAACGAGUAGAGCGACGUGAUGCUCGUGAGAAUCGAGAAGAUCGACGUGACGACCGUGCGGAACGAGUGGAGCGUCGUGAUGCCCGAGAGGAACGAGUCGAUCGUGAAGCUCGACAGGAUCAAGUAGAGCGCCGUAAUACACGUGAGGAACGAGAAAUGCGACGCGAUGCCCGUGAGGAUCGAGUAGAGCGUCGUGAUGCUCGUGAGAAUCGAGAAGAUCGCCGUGUAGAACGAGAAGAGCGACUUGAUACUCAUGUGGAGCGAGUAGAGCGACGAGAUGCCCGUGAGGAACGAUUAGAGCAACGAGAUGCUCGUGAGAAUCGGGAAGAACGAGUGGAACGACUUGAUACCCGUGAGGAGCGAGAAGAUCGCCGUGACGACCGUGUGGAACGAGUAGAGCGACGUGAUGCCCGUGAGGAACGAGUAGAUCGUGAAGCUCGUCUGGAUCAAGCUGAGCGCCGUGAAGAACGAGAAGAGCGACGAGAUGCUCGUGAGAACCGAGUAGAGCGACGUGAUUCCCGUGAGGGCCAAGAAUUCAGUAGGCGACAGGCGGAAUCUCGACGGGAAUCAUCCAACGAAAGACGAGGGGAAGAACGCGAAUUUUCCAGACGCGAGGAACGCGAAGAUCGACGCGACGACAGAGUUACCUUAGAAAGGGAACUCUCAAGACGAGUGGAAAGGGAAUCUGGACAGCGCAACGAGCGUGAGAAUCUUCGACGAGAGGAACAAUCAGAGGAACGACGAGUCCAGCCAGACGUCUCGAGACGCGAAGAGCGAGAGAAACGCGUGCGAUUCGAAGUUCGUCGAGUGGAUGAAGUCAGGGAUCAGCGAGUCAAUUCUCGGCGAAGCGAGGAUCGCCAAGAAGAACGUAAUAAUCUCCGUCGGGAGGAACGAGACUCUACUAGGCGCGAGGAGCGAGAGGAAAACCGCAGGGAGCAAGGUCUCGACAGGCACAACCAGCGACGAGAGGAACAAGAAUUCCUUCGUCGAGAAGAUCGUGAAUCCUCCAGUCGAAUGGAACGUAAUGAUUUGCGACGAGUGGAGGUUCGUGACGUGGAACGAAGGGUUGAACUUGAAGGAGCUGAAGAAAGGCGUUUGGAAAGGAACAGCGAUGAACGUCGAGAAGAACGUGAAGAAGAGCGAAGGGUAGAGCGUAUCGAAAGGGAAAUGGACCGUGAGAAUUCACGACGAGUGGAACGAAGAGAAGAGCAAGAAGUUCAACGACGAGUGGAACGCGAAGAUCUGCGAAGUAACGAGCAGCGAGAGCAGCGCGAAGAAGAACCCACUCGUCGAGUGGAGCGCGUUAAUCUGCGAAGAGAAGAGCGAGAAGUUGAACGAGAAGAGGAUCGUCGAGUGAAACGUGUUGAUUUCCGGAGACAGGAAGUAGCAUCUCUGCAAAGGGAAAAUCAAACAGAAGAUCUUCGACGAGAAGACCGUGUUAAUCUGCGCAGGGAAGAGCGAGAAGUUCACCGACGUGAGGCAAUUAAUCACGAGCUUCCCAGACGUGAGAUUCGUGGGACCUUGGAGGAGCGCGUACUCCUGGCCACACAGGUGAAGUCCAAGGGCUGGCUGAGCUACGGCAAACGAGAACUACUGAUGACCGGACAGAUCCUUCUGCUGGCCGCUCUCUACAAGAAGUCCACGGCAAGUGGAAAGGGACUUGGCCACGCGUUGAGUGAGCAGAUUCAGGGCUACCUGCAGGCCAUCGGCUGCUAAGGAAAUCGAUCCGCCCUCCCAAAUGGAAAGCCCCCGAAGAGCAAACGGAUAUGGAUCAAGGCAAAACGGCAUUACGACUACCCCCGGAAAAUGCAAAAGGACCCGAUGACGACGAAGAAGGCAGAAGGAUGGGAUGGGAUGCUCCGUUUGGGGCAUUGUACAAUUUAAUCCAACUGUUACUGUAACCAAAACCCCACCCCGAACCCAAACCACCCCCUGUUAUAGCCAACAAGAGCAUAACGAAAAUAUAUGAUGGGAUGCUCGAGUAGCCGAGCAUCUGCAAACUGCAUUGCAA